GAGCGCUCGACAUCCCAUCUGAUCCUGGGCUUUCGACGAUAAUCAGCAAGAAAGAAGUAUCUAGAAGUGAAAUGGAAAAGUGGCUCCAAGAAAAUUUAUCCGGCUUAUUGGACUUUCCAGUACCAACUGAUUUAACAUCGUACAUUCUACAAAUGCAAAAUGCAAGAGACUUGGAUGAAUACCUCAAAACUUUGCUCGACUAUGAUAACCCAAAGCACAGACAGUUUGUUUCGGAAUUGAAAAAACGUCAAGCCGGGAAUAACGAUCUUAUGGGAUAUAAGAAAUCGAGCAUAUCAGAAACUUCAAUCAAUCCAAAGCAAAAUGACAAGAAAAAAGGCAAAUCUAAAGGGGCGAACCAACAGACACAGAUGCAGGAGAAUAUAAAGCCAGAGAGGGUGGAGAAGAAAAAGACAAAAUUCGUCAAUCUCUAUUCACCAGAAGGUCGAGAUAGAGAGACGAUAAUGUUGAAAGGUAGACAUAAGUGUAAUUGCGAGGCCAAAAAGCACAGCUUAAUAAAUAACUGUAUCAGUUGUGGAAGAAUAGUCUGCAGCCAAGAAGGGGCAGGACCCUGUUUCUGUUGCGGAGAUCUUGUAUGUUCACCUGAACAGCAAGCACUUCUUUCAAGCAAUAGCAGGCAGGCUGAUAAUCUUUACAAUAAACUAAUGGAUCAAAAGCCACCCAAGGAUGUGGAAGAAUCCCUCAAACACAGAAACAAACUACUUGAAUAUGAUCGUAACAGUGCACGGAGAACAGAGGUCAUUGACGACGAGUGUGACUAUUACCAGACAAAUAGCGUAUGGCUUUCAAAUUCUGAACGAGAAAAAUUAGAGAAAUACGAAAAUGAUGUCAGAGCUAAGAAGUAUGGGUCACGUUUGAAUAGAAAAGUCACUCUUGACUUUGCUGGAAGAGAAGUAAUUGACGAUGCUGCCUUCACAGAUGAAGCGAAUGAUCAAGUCUUGCGCAGUAUCACUGAAUUUAAGUCUAGUAGUACCACUAUGUCUAGUAACGCAUGUCCAACCAUAGAAUUCAAUCAACCAUCGUAUGUGGACGUUGGAAUGUUGGAUUCAAAGAGAUCGAAGAACCUAAAUACUACUUCAUUUGGCUGCAGUCGAAUACAGGACAAGGAGUUUUUGGAAAUGGUUGACGAAGGCCUAUGUCUGAGCAUGCAUCAACCUUACGCAUCGCUUCUUACCUCCGGAAUCAAGACCCACGAAGGGAGGACAUGGUAUUCAGCACAUAGAGGCAGACUAUGGAUAGCAGCAGCUUCAAAAGUACCGUCAACCGAAGAAAUUACUGCGUUAGAGAAUAGAUAUCGCGUUUUAAAAAAUGAAAGCAUCAAGUUUCCCAAAAGCUAUCCAACUGGAUGCUUACUAGGCUGUGUCACAGUGGUCGAUGUUCUCUCUGAAGAGGAUUACCGUAAAAAAUAUCCCGACGGGGAUAGCGAGAGUCCGUAUGUAUUCAUAUGUGAAGACUGUCACGAAUUGCCAGUAAGAUUUCCUAUGCAAGGCAAACACAAAAUAUAUAAAUUGGAUAGCAAAAUACACCGGGCAGCAGUUAACUCUUUGCAGAGGAAAAUGAAGCUUCAAGCUGGGACCUAAUUUUCAAAUAGUCACUGUAAAACGCCCAAAACUUUUGAAAUAGCCAAUGGAAAAUAAUAGGCGUUGUAUUUAAUAUUUCCUACGAGCUUACUUGAGGACAUCCCACCAAUCCUUACUGUCAAGGUACUCCAUGAUUUUAUCCAAUGUUACAGUUAUUGAAGAGAUACAUUAACGAGAUCAUUUGUUCCAAAGGGUUGUAAGAACUUAUAUGAUAUUGAUGAUCACACUAAACUUAUUAAAAAUAAUUAAACAAAUGAAAAUACAAACAGUGUACUUACU